AUGGUUGUAUUGCACGAUACAGAACCAAAAUCAACCACUGUGGAGAAAGUUGUUGAACCAAUAAUAGAUGUUGGAAAUCUACUAAUCGUCGAUCGAGAUUCUAUCGAAGGGGAUGUAACGUAAAUAUCAUGUUUUAGAUACGUGCCUAACUUUUUAUAUAAUUUUUAGAGAAAAUUUGCUUUCUCGUGCUAGAAAUAACACACAGCUGUUGUUUAAUUCUAUUUGGCAACUCGAACAAAAAAGGGUAGAAGAUGCCAUUUUGGUCGACCUUCCUGCUCCCACAUAUCGUCUUCCGAGAGAGAAAAAGGUUUUUUUUAGUACUUGAUUGAUCUUUACGACGGAAAGUCAUGCAACUAUCUUUUGAUGAUUUCAAGAUACCGGAGAAAAAGGAGCCAACCAAGUGGGAAAAAUAUGCAGCUGAGAAGGGAAUCAAGAAAAGGACUAAGGCGAAGAAGGUUUUUGCUGGUAGUUAAAGUUAGCUCUUCUUUUUUUUUGAAGGUGUUCGAUGAGCAAUCAAAAGAGUGGAAACCAACAUAUGGCUACAGACGCGGAAAUGACGAUACAAAGGAUUGGGUCAUCGAAAUUCCUGACAACGCAGGUAAUUUUUGAGUUAAUGGUUAACAUUUUGGCAUUCUUCAGAUCCAAACAAAGAUUACUUCGAGGAGCGUGUCGAAAAAAAGAAAGAACGGGUAGCUAAAAACGAAACGGCACGGCUUAAAAAUCUUGCACGGCAACUCAAAACCACGAUCAAAAAAGGCCCUUCCACGGAUGCCUCCAUUGGAGUCGGAGUCAAUCCUCGUGAGAAAACCAAGCAACAGGUUCUAUGAAUCAGAAUUUAUGCAUGUGAUUCAGAAAUGUUAUUUUUCGUUGAAUUUGUAUCUAUGAACGCAAAUUUUUCGGUUUUUUUUUUUCAAAAUGUAUAUUCAGGUCCGCUUUGCCGUCGACCGUGCGAAAGUAUCGACGGCAUCUGUAGGAAAGUUCCAAGAAGGUCUCAAAGGAGAGAAAGUGAACGUCAAGUCUGGGAAAAAGAGAAAGGUCUUCCUCUUGCAAUGUUAUCUGAGAGGAUUUAUUAAUUUUCAGUUCGAAUCGAAUGAAGGCCCCGCAUCAAACGAAAAGCAGAGAAGUUUGGAAGUUUUGCAAAAACUGAAGAACAAAAAGGUUCUUUCUUUGUUGUAUAAAAAUCUAACUGGGCCUUUUUCAGGCCAAGAUUGUCGAAGAGAAAGCCUCGAUAGCAGCUGGUGGAGAUGAUGGGUAUCUUCUGUCUUUUUUCUUGGUUUUGUAUGAGACUUUCAGUGAGAAACGCGAGAAGAAGAAGAGCGGAAAGCCGGCGCGACAAAAAAGCGAAGUACAUCGUCAGAAAUGGUUCAAGAACAAAGUGGCCGACAAGAAAAAGAGAAACCACGGAACCGUCAAAAAAGGCGGAAAGGCCAAACGAUAA